AUGCGUGAAAUCGUGCACUUGCAAGCCGGUCAAUGCGGCAACCAAAUUGGGACGAAGUUCUGGGAGGUCAUCUCGGAUGAACAUGGAAUCCAACAAGACGGCAGCUACAAAGGCGACUCGGAUCUGCAACUUGAACGCAUCAACGUCUACUACAAUGAGGCUAAUGGUGGCAAAUACGUGCCUCGCGCCGUGCUGGUCGAUCUUGAGCCUGGAACAAUGGACACGGUGCGCAAUGGACCCUACGGAGGAAUCUACCGUCCCGACAACUUCGUCUUCGCUCAAUCGGGUGCUGGAAACAACUGGGCCAAAGGACACUACACUGAGGGAGCCGAGUUGGUCGACCAAGUACUUGAUGUGAACACCGAUGAGACGUUCUGCAUCGACAACGAGGCACUCUAUGACAUCUGCUUCCGAACACUCAAGCUCAACAGCCCGACUUAUGGCGAUUUGAAUCAUCUUGUUUCUAUGACGAUGUCUGGUGUGACAACUUGUCUUCGCUUCCCUGGACAACUCAACGCAGAUCUACGAAAGCUUGCCGUUAACAUGGUGCCUUUCCCACGUCUCCACUUCUUCAUGCCUGGCUUCGCUCCCCUCUCGCCCAAAGGAACCACCCAAUACAAAGCUCUGACGGUCGCCGAGCUCACACAACAGAUGUUCGACGCCAAGAACAUGAUGGCCGCUUGUGAUCCACGCCAUGGACGAUACUUGACUGUCGCAGCAAUGUUCCGUGGAAAGAUGAGUAUGCGCGAGGUGGAUGACCAAAUGAUGCACGUCCAGAACAAGAACUCCGCCUACUUCGUCGAAUGGAUCCCCAACAAUGUGAAGACGGCCGUUUGCGACAUUCCACCUCGAGGAUUGAAGAUGGCUGCAACCUUCGUCGGCAAUUCAACCGCCAUUCAAGAACUAUUCAAGCGCAUCUCUGAGCAAUUCACUGCCAUGUUCCGUCGCAAAGCUUUCCUCCACUGGUACACUGGCGAAGGAAUGGACGAAAUGGAGUUCACGGAAGCCGAAUCGAAUAUGAUCGACCUCGUCUCCGAAUACCAACAGUACCAAGAGGCCGAAGCUGAGAACCAUGUGUUUCUCGACGAGAGCCGCUACAAGUUCUGCUGUGGAUUGCUUCCUGUCGAGAUUGCUGCUUUACUGUUCUUCAUCAUGGAAAUAUUUGCUCUGGGCACGGCUUUCUCAAACGCCAGUAUGCACAACCAGGCAUUGACGUGGGGAUACUUCAUGGGAAUGAUUGUGCUCGUCGGAUGCAUUGUCACCACUCUUUUGGGAAAUCACAAGACGGGCAAAAUUGUUCUCUUUUUGCUGCCUGUAUUGGAUGUGAUGAGUGUCGGCUACUACUUGAUGGCCAUCUUGUGUUUCAAGGGAGCAUUUAAUAGCCCCCAUUGUGCAGCUGGUAAUGCAAGUUUCGACUCAAGCGCUCAAAAGGAUAUCAAGGGAAAUUUGCUUAUUGGCUCCCUCAUCUUCUUCGUUCCACUCUUCAUCUGGGAGUACUUGGUCUUCUAUCUUCAUUAUACUAGCCUGAAGGAGAAGCGUGGCAAAAUCGACGUCGAACUUUGCAAUGAGGUCAAGCUCAUUCCCAAACCUCAAGGCACAAGUGUUGCUGUGGGUGAAGUCUUGAUGACCAACACUUCGCCAAAGAAGAACAUCGCUCCCCAGCGCGUCAAGGAGGAACGUCGUGGAGCAGCUGGGCCAUCGCAC